AUGAAGAAAGAGGUCCAAUCCGCUCGCCCGAGGGCUGACCCCCGAAGGGGAAAAGAUCUUGGCCGAAGUGAAGUGGGGACCGAGAGUGGCUUCCAAAGUCCUAACCGAGACCGCCGUAGCGUGUUUGACAGGAUUUUCAAGGGGAAGUCAUCCAUCCCCGAGUCCGAGUUAACUCCCCUGAACACCACCCGAUCCCGGGUAUUGUCCGUAAUGGAACAGAACAACCUCGGGAAGGCACCUCCGAAGAUGCUCGGCAGCCGAGACAAGAGGAACUCGAACCUCUACUGCUUGUAUCACCGAGACAUCGGGCAAGAGACGGAGGACUGCAAUGACCUCAAAAGGGAGAUUGAGAACCUCAUCAGGCAGGGACACUUAAAGCAGUUCAUCCGUCGAGGGGGAGGUCAUCGAUAUGAACCCCGACGUGAUGGACGAGGUGACCAACGCCGAGAUGAAAGGCGGACAUCAAGAAGCAGCUGCCGACCCCUUGAGGAUUCUAGGGAGACAAAAAGGCCUCCCCGAGACGGAUCUUCAGGUCAGGGGUUAGGAUAUGGGCCAAACAUUGCUGGAAUCAUCAACACUAUUGCCGAGGGUCCGACGGGAGGGGAUAGCCAGAACUCCCGGAAGAGGACCUACAGGCAAGCCAACCCGGAUCAGGCCGAGCCAAGCUCUCGUCUGUCUGAGGUGAUCUCUUACGGGCCCAGCGACCCUGUCCCUACUGCCUCUAGUAGUCACGAGACUUUGGUGAUUGAAGUGCUCACCAACAAUUACAUUGUGAAAAAGGUCUACAUCGACCCAGGGAGUUCAGUAGAUGUCAUGUACCUCCGCACUUUUGAGAGUCUCAAGCUGGUUAGAGAACAUAUGACCCCGGUGCGAACCCCUCUUGUAGGAUUCGGGGGACACGUUGUCCAUUCCGAAGGGAUGGUGACCCUGACAGUGACAGUGGGGCAUCACCCCGGUUGCCGAACUAUCCCUGUUAACUUUUUAGUGGUUAAGGCCGACUCCCCGUACAACCUACUCCUAGGUCGGCCCACGCUUAAUGUUUUGUGGGCGGUAUACUACACCUACCACCUGAGAUUUAAGUUUCCUACCUCUGCGGGGGUUGCCGAGAUCAGCAGCCACAUCUGCGCUGCCCCGAGAGUGCUACCUCGCCACUCUACAAGCAGUCUCCCCAUCGGCCUCCGGUGUGAGAUCCGAGAAGAGGUCAAAUAUUCUUUCGAUAGAUUGCCUCGAUCCUCAGCAAGUUGA